AUGAAGUCGUUAAGCGUUUAUGACUAUCGCCAGCAGACAAUUGCCUUCCUAAUCUGCAUUGCACGGAACGGCAGCGUUCUUAUAUACAGCCUCUAUCCACCUAUGGCUCUGUUCUCUCAAUUUCUUCUCCUUCCGCUGAAUGAAGUCAAGGAACAAGUGAAAGAUCAGCUGAUUGAUGCCCAACAGACGAACAUUGUCGAAGAAGUGGACCUCCUGAAUCUAGCGCCUAGGAAACCUGACUGGGACUUGAAACGAGAUGUUGCCAAGAAACUUGAAAAGUUGGAAAGAAGAACACAAAGAGCUAUGGGAGAAUUAAUAAGGGAUAGGUUAAAAUCUUGUGAGAUGAAAUCAGAAGAGGUAGCCGCCAGCUUGUAUUUGACGACGUGA